AUGUCAGAAACUGAUAAAAAAACAGAACAAGUUGAGGAAAAAGAUAAUGUUGAAGAGAUUGAUGAUACUCAAAAUAAUGAUGAUGAUUUAUUUAAUGUUCAAUUAGAGAUUCAACAAAGUGACCCAAAUUCACCAUUGUAUUCAAUUAAAAGUUUUAAUGAGUUGGGAUUAAAACCAGAAUUAUUAAAAGGUGUAUAUGCAAUGGGUUAUAAUAAACCAUCAAAAAUUCAAGAAGCAGCAUUACCAAUUAUUGUUCAAUCACCAAAUAAUCUUAUUGCUCAAUCACAAUCAGGUACAGGUAAAACUGCAGCAUUCACAUUAGGUAUGCUUAAUUGUGUCGAUCCAGCUAUUGAUGCCCCUCAGGCAAUUUGCAUUAGUCCAACUAAAGAAUUAGCUCAACAAACUUUUGAUGUAAUUUCAAAAAUUGGUCAAUUUUCAGAUAUAAAACCAUUAUUAUAUGUACCAGAGCUUGAUUUACCAGCAGUAGUUAAAAAUCAAGUUAUUAUUGGAACACCAGGUAAAAUUUUAACCCAUAUUUUAAAUAGAAAAUUAUCAAUUAAACAUUUAAAGAUGGUGGUUAUGGAUGAAGCAGAUUUUAUUGUUAGUAUGGAAAAUGUACCAACUCAAAUUCAACAAAUUCAUAGAUUAUUACCAAAACAAAUUAAGAUUUGUUUAUUCUCUGCAACUUUUAGUCAAGGUGUUGAAAAUUUAAUAAAAAAUGUAGUACCAGAACCAAAUGUCGAUAUUAGAUUAAAGAAAUCAGAUUUAGGUCUUCAAAGAAUUCAUCAAUAUUUUAUCGAUUGUGGCAGCGAAUCAAAUAAACCAUUUAUUUUAUCAGAUCUCUAUGGAUUUAUUAGUAUUGGUCAGAGUAUUGUAUUUGUUCAUACCAUUCAAACAGCAAAAACACUUUACGAGAAAAUGAAAGAAGAUGGUCAUUCAGUUUCAAUUUUAUACGGUAAGGAUUUAUCAACCGAAGCACGUUUUGAACAUUUGAAAAACUUUAGAGAGGGUAAAUCCAAAGUUUUAAUCUCUACAAAUGUUUUGGCAAGAGGUAUCGAUAUUCCACAAGUCUCAUUGGUUGUAAAUUACGACAUUCCACUUGAUGAAAAUGCAAGACCUGAUCCAGUCCAUUAUCUUCAUCGUAUUGGUCGUGUCGGUAGAUUUGGUCGUUCUGGUGUAGCUAUCACUUUUGUUCAUGACCAAUCAUCAAAAACCAAAUUAAAUAAUAUAAUAGAACAUUUAGGUCACCACAUCGAAGAGAUUAAUGCUUCUGAAUUAGAGCAAUUAGAUGGUAUUCUUAAAGGAAUAAGAAAUCAAUUAACUCCAUUAAAUAAUUAA